AUUGUGAAAUAAAAGGUAUUUUUUACAAUGUCUUCAAAACCACUGCCGAGGCGUGCAAAAGAUUUGCCUCCCAUUGAUUUUGAUUCAGAUAGUUCAACGCACACAGACGGAAAAAGUAUCACACAGAUUCUGCGGACAAUUGAAGCGAAUAAAGAUGAAACUGGGAAGCCAACACCACCGGAAGCGGGAGAAGUAUCGGAAACAAUUGGUGGGAAUCAUGAAGAAACAGUGCCGUGCAUUGCCACACCGGUAGCGAAAAAGGACGAAGGAAAGGAAGAGAAAGUAAUUCUCAGUGUCAGACGAAUGAAGGAGAAUAAUCGGAAUCUGGCUAAUUUGAAUAUAAAUUGUGAACAAAAAUCCUCUUCGGAAUUCUCUAAACGAAGCACAGUGGAGAUGAAAGCGCCGUCUGAUGCGCCGAUAAAGGUCCCGGAAGAGAAAUCAUAUAAAAUUGUGAAAAUCAAUGGAAAAGACUACAGUGUAAAGCGAAAACUUGGCCAGGGGGGCUCCAGUGUUGUCUACUUGGCCCAUAUGAUGGACAGGAAUAUGGAGUGUGCUCUUAAAGUGGUCCGGCUAAGUGGGAAUCAAGAUGCAUUGAGUGACAAUAUAAAUGAAAUUGAAUUACUCAAGAGAUUACAGGGAAACUACAUUGUAACUCUUUUUGAUCAUUUCUACUCUCCGGAUGACUCAAUAUUGUACAUUGCAAUGGAAAAGGGAGAGCAGGAUCUCAAUGCCAUCCUAAAGGAAUUCGAGCAAAAUCUUCCAGUAUACAAGAUAAUGGACUUUUGGUAUCAAAUGCUAAAAUGCGUUCAGUACAUCCACAGCUGCGGUGUAAUUCAUUGUGAUAUCAAGCCAGCAAACUUCCUUAUGGUCAACAGGAAGCUGAAACUCAUUGAUUUUGGUAUUGCCAGCAAUAUUUCCUUGGAUUCAACGAGCAUCAUUAAACACACUCAAGCUGGCACGUACAACUACAUUAGUCCCGAAACUCUGAUUGAUAUAUCAACAGAUGAGGACACGAGACAGGAUGUGCCUAAAAUUAAAAUCUCCCCAAAGACAGAUGUCUGGUCUCUGGGAUGUAUUUUCUUCCAGUUGCUGUACAAAACUACACCAUUUGGUCACAUAAAGAUCAUUCCAAAUAAAAUUAUGGCCAUCUGUAAUCCCAAUACAGCCAUCAACUACCCACCACUACCCUCCUACUACCCCCCGAUGUUUCUUGAGAUUGCACAAAAGUGUCUAAAACAUAAUCCCAAGGAAAGAAGUUCCAUUAAGGAAUUACUCAAUUAUCCCUUUGAGUUGUUUUUACCAAUGCAAUGAAUUUCAAUUUUUUUUUGUAUUGUAAAUUAUUGAUAAUUUUAUAUUUUUUUUAUAAUGCAAACAAAAUAUUUCUAUUUUAACAUUA